UUGCGGAAUAUAUAUAAAGAUGUGAACCAAAAAGGAAAAUGACAUGCUGUGUUGUGUUGAAGAUAAGGGAGGGCAAAUUAGAAUUUGCGUGGUUAAGCAAUUUCAAGAGAAGAAAAUAUCUCUUGUUUAACCUUAGAAUUUCCGAAGUGCAACAUUGUCGCUAAGCUCCAACUAAAGAUAUGGAAGAACGUACACAAAGGUAUGCAGUGGUGACAGGGGCAAACAAAGGAAUUGGAUUUGAGAUAGUAAGACAGUUAGCUUCAGCUGGAAUCAAAGUUGUGCUUACAGCAAGAGAUGAAAAAAGGGGUCUUCAAGCAUUGGAAACACUCAAAGCUUAUGGUUUAUCUGAUUUUGUUGUGUUUCAUCAACUAGAUGUUGCUGAUGCUUCAAGUGUAGCUACUCUUGCUCAUUUUGUCAAAUUCCAAUUUGGGAAACUUGAUAUUCUGGUUAACAAUGCUGGGAUUGGCGGAAUUGAAAUUAAAGACAGUGAUGUAUUCACUUCAGCAAUCAUUACAAACGGGGUUAGUAUAAAUCAACACAUAUUAUACGAUGAUUUAGAUUGCAUGCAGUUCUGCGGUCAGGAUAUCUAUGAUUGUCUGAUUAAGAUCAGUCGGUCAUGUAUACAUAGUUUUGUUUUAUUUUUGGGAUAGCGGCAUUUUUACUUCUAUAUAUAUAUA